AUGCUCGCGACGACGACGCCGCAGGCGCACGACAACGGGUACCCGGACUUCACGCCGCUCCGCCUGGGCCUGCUGGGCCUGUCGCCGCACUCGCGGACUUUGGUCGACGCGGCCCGCCAGUCGCAGCGGUGCGCCAUCGUCGCGGCGGCGGUGCGCGACGAGAAGCGGCUCGCGGCCUGGGGCGAGGAGGAGGACCUGGCGGGCGUCCGGUUCUACGAGUCGUACAACGAGCUCCUCCGCGACGACAACGUCGACGCGGUCUACAUCGGCCUGCCGACGGCGCAGCACAUGGUCUGGUGCUGCGCGGCGGCGAAGAUGCACAAGCACGUGCUCGUCGAGAAGCCGCUGGCGGGCGAGCUGAGCGACGCGCUGGUCAUGCGCCGCGCGUGCGCGGAGGAGGACGUCGUGCUCAUGGACUCGACGAUGUUCCCGUACCACGAGCGCACGGAGCAGAUCCUCACGGAGAUCCGCAACCCGCGGGACUUCGGCGAGGUGCGCCGCGUCACGGCGGCCUUCUCCUUCGGGGCCACGGAGCAGUUCCUCCGGGGGUCGGAGUCGGCGCGCGCGGCGGAGGACGACCCGCUCGGCUGCCUCGGCGACCUGGGCUGGUACUGCGCGCGCGCGGGCCUGCUCGCCUUCGGCCCCGACGCGAACCCCAAGAGCUGCCAGGCCACGGUGACGGACUCCAACGCCCAGGGCGUGCCGCUGGACGUCGCGGGCGUCUGCUACUUCGACGACGAGCGGAAGAAGGUGCUGUCGUUCCACUGCUCGUUCCUCCACCCGCUCCGCCAGUGGCUCGAGGUCGUCGGCGACCACAAGGUGCUCACCUGCGACGACUUCGUCAUCCCGCGCUUCGCCAAGGACUGCGCCUACACCGUCGAGUCGUUCCCCUGGAACUCGAGCCCGCUCGUCGACCUCCACUCGUGCGUCGUUGCCGUCAAGAACGAGACGCGCGUGCUCAACGCGCACGCGCAGCGCGUGCGCCUCCUCGACACCUUCGCGGACCUGUGCCUCGAGCUCUUCGACGGCCGCGACGCCGCGCGGAAGACGGCCAUGGACGACGCCGUGCUCACGCAGGCGCUCGUGUCGUGCCUCGUGGAGUCGUGCCGCCAGAACGGCGCGCUCCUGUCCAUGGGCGACACGAGCCCCCUCGACAGCGACGCGGACCCGCCGCCGCUCUUCGUCGACGCCGCCGAGCGGCCCGCACCGCCGCCGCCGCCGCCGGACGACCCGCCCAAGGCCAAGAAGCCGAAAGCCGCGGGCAAGAAGCGCAAGCUCUCCGGCGACGCCGCCAAGUAG